AUGGGCAAACGGGGUGGCAAAAGAGGCGGUCGAGGCCGUGGAGGUGGUGGUGGCGGAGCGGGCCAUCGUCCUCGACCGGACAAUCGAGUCAACAAAGGCGACAUUCCUCGUGAGAACGAGAAGUUCGAGACAUACUACAACCAACUAGGAAUAGUGAAGGAGGAAGAGAAGGAAGCCUUCUGGGCAGCUAUGAGAAGAGACUUGCCCAACAGCUUCAGAUUCACUGGCUCACGAGCACAUGCAUUGGCAGUCCAAGAGCGGCUGAGAAACCACUACAUCCCCGAGAUCACCUCUAUCACAUACGAAGACCAGUAUGUCGAUGCCCCAAGACCUGUCGAAUGGUACCCAGACCAGCUGGCUUGGUUCAUGACCACCCCGAAGAACGUCAUUCGAAGAUUCAAGCCAUUCGCCUCUUUCCAGAAAUUCCUAGUCGCAGAGACUGAUGUUGGAAACAUCACACGACAAGAGGUUGUCAGUAUGAUUCCACCACUGCUCAUGGAUCUGAAGCCGCAUCAUACAGUCCUUGAUCUCUGCGCUGCGCCAGGGAGCAAGUCAGCACAGCUGAUUGAGAUGAUACAUGCUGGGGAGGAAGAGCGAUCCAGAGAAGUGGCUGCAAAUACUGCACAAGGUCUUGAUCGACCUGAGGGAGAGGCCUUCGUCGAUGACGGCCGAUCUACUGGUCUUCUCAUUGCGAACGAUGUUGACUACCGACGAGCCCAUAUGUUGGUCCACCAAAUCAAGCGACUGAGUUCUCCAAACAUUAUUGUCACAAACCAUGACGCCACUGUCUUCCCAUCCAUAAGAGUUGCUCCGGUGCUCUCUUCUGAUGGUAAGCUUGUACAAAACAAGUAUCUCAAAUUUGAUCGCAUCUUGGCCGAUGUGCCUUGUUCUGGAGAUGGUACCGUCCGGAAAAACAUGGAGAUCUGGAAGAACUGGACUCCUAGCAAUGGCCUCGGACUUCACAGCACGCAAGUUCGCAUCUUGAUUAGAGCUCUACAGAUGUUGAAAGUCGGUGGGCGUGUUGUCUAUUCAACAUGUAGCAUGAAUCCUGUUGAGGAUGAAGCUGUCCUGGCCGAGGCCAUCAGCCGCUGUGGUGGGCUGGACUUGGUUGAGAUGCUCGAGACUAAAGACUAUCUCCCUGGCCUCAAACGUUACCCAGGCUUCAAAACGUGGACCAUAACGGAUAAAGCCGGCAGGGUCUGGAAGAACUGGGAAGACGUAACCAAGCACAAAGAAGACUUUGGGGAUGAUGAUGCGUUGCUCCGACUAUCCGAGAGCAUGUUCCCCUCGAAGUUGGAUCUUCCACUAGAUCGAGCUAUACGGAUUUAUCCACAUCUGCAAGAUACUGGUGCAUUUUUCAUUGCCAUUCUCGAGAAGAAAAGCGAGAUCAAGGCUAAGUCCGAGGAGAAACCAGCCGCGGCUCAGCGUCUAAAAAACGAUGAAACAUCAGAACCCAACGGUACGAGGGUCAAAUUGGAGGCAGCUCCUGAUAAUGUUGGAAAUGAAGAAAGCACAGAGGUCAGUGCGAACAAGCGAAAACGAGAUGAAGAUGAGACGACAAGUGCCCCUUUAAAACGAGUUAAGAGCGAAGAGGGGCAGGAAAGUGAUGUAAAGCCACACACUCAUCAUGAACCAUUGACACCAAAAAUCAAGACUGAGGAUGGUCAGUCGCAGAGUGUGAACGGACAUCAGUCGGCAACUGAACCACCACGGCCAGCACAACCACCGAAGAGAAGAAAUCGAGAUCAGCCAUUCGAGGAACCAUUCAAAUAUUUGUCGCCCACGAUACCCGAAUUGGAUCAGAUCACCGAGUUUUACAACCUUUCCAGCCGCUUUCCUCGAGAUCGAUUCAUGGUCCGAAACCCAGAGGGAACGGCAAGCAAGAACAUGUACUAUACAAAUGCACUGGCAAAGGAGAUCCUCCAAGAGAAUGAAGGCAAAGGUCUAAAAUUCGUCCAUGCUGGUCUCAAAAUGUUCGUUAAGCAGGAUGCACCCUCGCCUGAAGUAUGUCCCUGGCGUAUUCAGACUGAUGGACUCCGCCUACUCGAGACUUGGGUCGGUCCAGAGCGAGUGGUCACACUGCACAAGAAAGAAACACUACGAAAAUUAUUGAUCGAGAUGUUCCCUCGCUUCGCUGGCGAGGAGUACAAGAAUCUCGGUGAAGUGGGCGAGCAAGUCCUCAAAUUGAAGAUGGGCUGCUGCGUGCUGAUCGUGGACCCUAGCGAAGACGAAGAUGGAUUACCCGAAAGAAUGGUAUUUCCGCUGUGGAAGUCCGUGCAGAGUCUGAAUCUCAUGUUACCGAAAGAAGAACGAAGAGCAAUGCUGCUGCGUAUUUUCAAUGAUGAUACCCCACUCGUGAAUCUGAGUAAAGGCUGGAGUGGAAAUAAGGCUGGUGAUUCGGCUGGCGAGGUUGCACCCAGCAAGGUCAAGGAAGAGGCCGAUGUGGAAGCAACAUCUAGGAAGGUGCGGAAUAGCAGUUCGCCCGAGCCGGAGAAUGAGGCGGAAGCGGUGCUUGGGAAUGGAGAGGUUGAUGCAGAGGCUGAUGGAGGGGAUGCACGUAUGUCCGAUGAUGAGGAUGGUGGGGUCCCACUCGCAUGA